AUGGGUCAAAACUCUGUACGCCGCAAUCUGUUUCAUCGGAACCUCAGCCGUCGUCCUGCGACAGAGGAUGAAGAGAAUCCCAUCAAGAGCCACCCAACGAGCAAAUCCAGAGUGCCAUUGAAAACCCCUUCCUCGCUCCCAUCAGUCCUAGACAAAGCCCAACAGGCGGAGAAGCAAGCAGAGAAACGGGCAGCGGAACUGGAAAGUCGGGAAAUUGCUGUCCACGACAAGCACGGAAACUACUUGUUCGACCGUGCGCCCCCGUUGCCGCCCUCGUUCAUCGAAUGGGAGGAGAGCCAAAUCGAAGCUGAGGCUGAGAAGAAAGCUUACCUCGCGCCCUUCAAGAGGGAGGGUAAGCUUGCAAGCGAUCGUAAAGAUGAAGCACACGAGAAAGGUGAGCCUGAGGAACUCGUCAGAUGUAUCAAAGAGAGCUUGGUUAGAGAGGUCGAGUCUUUGGCAGAGGACAACUGGAUGUACGAGCCGGAACACGAUCCAGUCGUCUGA